AAGACGUCAGAUUUUGAAAAAUAAGUUUACUGCAAUUGCAAGCAUGAUUUAUACAAAUAAUCGGCCAGCUUGGUCAGCGCUUUUUCAAAUAAAUUUCCAAAGGUUUUCACUCUACUUUGAACACGACGUUCAUGGACGACAACUGAUUUUGGUCUCGUUUGAAGGUGUAACUUAAUGUUUAUAACGUGAUUCAAAUCUCCGUCAUCCAAAUCAAAAUACUGUACUCGUUGCAAAACCUGUACAAAUCACCAAGGAAGUUCGAGCCGUGGGCACCCCGGCAAACAACUCUAUCGAUAACAAAAUUAUGCCAUAAUUAUUACUUUUAAGUUUGUUCUAUCGCUAUUAUUUGGCUUAUGCCUAAAUGGAUAAAUCGAAAUGGUCUUACGAACGCAUUAAAGACUAAUUAUACUGAUAAUGUCGCGUAGGCUGCAGUGUACUUAAUAUCCACCUUGACGCACAAUUAAAAGGCGUAUAAUAAAUAUAUCAAAUCCAGGUCCACCGAGAUUGGUGCUCUUUAGUUGUUGCAACAAUUAUAACAUCCGUGAUAGUCCAAUAAUGGUUUACAGCCCACGGUUUCCAAAGGCUUAUGGGUUUUUAUGUUUUUGUUCAUUCAAAACGAUAUUACGAGGUUUUCACACGUGGUACAGUAAGGUGUGUUUUCUCCUUUGCUGUGGGAGUAUCCGACAGGACGGGUGUGCAGCUUGGUGAAUGUACAUAUGCCUUGGGGGACCGGCGACGCGGACCGUGCGAUCUGUGCGCUAUUAUCACGAAGUCCGACCUCCAGCUGAAGAGCGGCGAUGGAGGAGCCGGAGUGUCUGCUGUCAUCCCGAUUUUUCCUGAAAAGCACCAUCUUCGAGGUGAACCUCAGCCGUAUCAGGCUGACGUGGAGGAACCUACAGACGAAAGCUGCCUCUGGAAGUCAUAAUACAAGCAAUAAAUUCAAAGUCGUGAGCGGUUCUGUACCCGUGUGUGAAAUCAUCGCCGUUUAUGAGGCUCAGGGCAUCUCCCCGAUCAAAAACGGUCAAAGAUGGACCCAGGAGCAAGAGAAAGCCUGCCAGGGUGCCUUCACAGUGUCCUACGUGGAGAGGGAGGGUCAGCACCACUGGCGGCCACGUGACGUCACCUUCCACUGGCCCGAUACCCCCACCUGUCGCCACUGGGUCAGCACCAUCAGGGAGCAGAUCAGCCUUCUCAACCACAGACCCAAGCGUUUGCUGGUCUACAUUAACCCCAACAGUGGCAAACGGCAAGCCAAGCAGAUUUACGAGCAGAGGGUGGCCCCCCUUUUCUCCCGCGCCUCCGUGUCCACGCACGUGAUCGUAACUCGAGAUAGGGAUCAUGCCAAGGACCAUUUGGCCAGUGAUGCAGACCUAACGAAGUACGACGGCGUGGUGUGCGUCGGGGGUGAUGGCAUGUUCAGCGAGGUCCUUCACGGGCUGCUCACCAGGACCCAGAGAGAUGCUGGAGUGGACCAGAACAGUGCGGAGCAGAAUCCGGCGCCCUGUGGAAUUCGAGUCGGCAUCAUCCCGGCAGGUUCUACCGACUGCAUCUGCUAUGCCUCAGUGGGGACCAACGACCCUGUGACUUCCGCCUUGCACAUCAUCGUUGGAGACUCCCACGCUCUGGACGUCUGCUCGGUCCACCACAGGAACAAGUUCCUCAGGUACUCCGUAUCCAUGCUCGGAUACGGUUUCUAUGGCGAUGUGCUGAUGGACAGCGAGAAGAAGCGGUGGAUGGGGCCUGUCAGAUACAGCGUCUCAGGCUUCACCACGUUCCUCGCACAUCACUCUUACGAGGGCACGGUAUACUUCCUCCCGGCAACGGACGUUUCGGGGAGUCCGAGGGACAAAACCAAGUGUCGGGCUGGGUGCCUCCCCUGUCAGCGGGAUGGCCGGCCGCUCUCUGACGACAGCGGGAAGGACAAGGAAACUCCUAACAAAGAUCACCAUCAUGGGUGGCAAAUGAUCCAGGGAAAGUUCUUGGCCAUCAACGCAGCCAGCAUGAGCUGUGCAUGUCCCCGUAGCCCCGAGGGACUGUCCCCUGCCGCCCACCUGUCUGAUGGCACCACCGACCUUAUUCUUGUCCGUGACUGCUCCCACUUCAACUUCCUCCGGCACCUGUACCGCCACACCAACACAGAUGACCAGUUCGACCUGGGCUUCGUGGAGGUGCACCGCAUCCGCCGGUUUCGCUUUGUCCCCGGGAAUGACCUGGAGCCAGAGUGGAAGGGGGACAGACCGAUACAGUUCAGCCCGAGCUAUGGAUGCCAGCCCACGUGGGGCAGGUGGAGCUGUGAUGGAGAGGUCCUCCACCAAGCAACCAUCGAAGUCGGGGUGCACUGUGGGCUGAUCCAGCUGUUUGCCAGAGGGAUCGAGGCGCAGGAAGGAUUUCAGGAACAGUCUACCCCCUCCACUCAAACAGUAUGAAGCACUGUUCUCAUCUCCAGAACAUUCCGACCAGACUGCAUAUGGGUUUUACUGUGAAGCCACGUCGCCGGGACCUGUGUACUUGUCAUCAGCCUCUGAUUGGUUGUUAGGUCGGGUUCCGCUGGUGAUGUCAUGCUGUUUUUUUUUAUUUUUUAUCCGUCCUUGGAAGCUUUCAUAUGUUUACCUCUUUCACAGAUAAAUUAUGAUUGGCACCUGGCGUGCCAGCUGAACCACGAGUUUACUGUCGCUGUGACCCUUAACCCAGCUGAGGAGAUCGAUCGCGGGUUUUAGUAUCGUUCUCCAACAGUUGACCUUUGGGUUUCAAGAAUGACAGCUGGGAUCAAAGAUUCUUUGUCGACAUGUAUUUAUGAAACGUUUUUGGUAAUUUUAAAAUAAAAACUUUACUCUGAAA